UUGCCUAGUGUCGCAAAAUCUAAGGAAGAUUCAAAGCUGCGGGCUUCCCUCUUCUUAUUCUGCUGUGCGCCUUUGCUUUGCAAGCUUCUGCCCGCUGAUACGAGCAUGCUUGACAUCAGGACCGAGUCCGUGUUCAUGGGCACCACCAGGGGCACCUCAGGACUACAGAGCAUCUAUUGCCCUUCUACACGACUGAUAAGAACGGAUCUCCGAGGGCCCAAGCUGUACUCUCACCUCUCAAUGUGGUCCAGCUUUGUCUGGGAGACUCUUCGCAUGAAGUUGUCGGUCAACACACCUCCGCUUUUCCUCCGACUUUCCGAAAGGUGCCUAAAUGACACUUUUUUGAACUGCGAGGAUGCCCUUGAGACAUUGUCCCUCACGCGACCACAUAGCUCCACAUUCCGGAAGGUGGUCUGGCUGACAUGGCUUGAAAGCGUGACACUGCUGUCAGCAUUUCACUUCGUUUUGCUCAGUGGUGGACGCAGUUACUCGGUUCAGGUGCCUGUUCCAGAUAUGUAUCUUACCCAAUAAGGAGUUGACUCUGCUAGUGCAUAUUGUUAGU